AUGAAGAAAAAGAGAAAGGUCGACGUCGAUGCUCUAGAUAAGCUUAUCUAUAGAGAACUUGUUGAAGAGCAUGUUGAAGAGCACGUUGAAGACCAUGUAGAAGUAGAAGUAAAAGAUCUAGAAGAGCAAGAGCCCGUUAAAGAGCUUGUUCAUAUAUGUGAUCCAAGAAGGUGGGAAAAAUGUAAUUAUGAUGAGAUUAAACGUUUGGUCGAGAAAGGUCCUAAAAGAUAUACUAGUAUUAUGUAUGGUCUCUACGAUAAAUUUGUGUUUAGAAAAGGGAUUUCAAAAGGUAAAUUGGAUAGUGAAGGUUAUGCAGAUUGGCACCAUGUUACCACUAGAGUUAAAGAACAUGAAAUUUCCUUGGAUCAUCUUAUAAAUAGGAAUAAGUGGUUUGAUAUGCGUAAAAUAUCGAACUUGAACGAAACAAUUGAUAAACUUCAAGACGAGCAAUUUAAGAAAGAAAGAGAUUACUAG